GCGAUCGGUUAGUCUCUCUGCUCACCUGUACGGGGCGCACAUGCGUAACACAAUCACUCACACACACACACUCACCGGCAGUAGUGUACACCGAGAGUGAGCGGAAUCCUCUUGCACGUCACGGAGGUGUUCCCUGCGGUGUAUUUUAGGUAGCGGUAGUGUGUGAUCGUGAUAUUUAGUUCAAAAAAAGUGUUGAAAGUUCAAAACAAACUACCCCGCGGAACACGGUGCGGUGGGACAUCUUCGGUGUCUCGUCCGGUUAGCGCGCGCGCAAGAUUUGAGAGUAAAACAAGAGUAACCCGCUGUGCAGCAGUGAAGAGAGAGACUUUUGUGAGAAAAAAAAGUUUGAAGUGCAAAUAUACAGAGACCCUGCGUCUAUAAGCAUAUAAUCGUAACGAACUGGAUUGGGGUCACCGUACGUAAUGCGCAAAGCAAAACAGCAGCAAACAAUGGCAGUGACGACGAACAGCCGUAGUAGUAGUAGCAGCAGCAGCAGCCGCAGCAGUGUCGUGUUCCCAGGUGUUUUAGUAGCAGUUUUCACCCUGCUGGCACUGCUGACACCGGCAGCCGAGGGCAAGUUUGCGCGACGCUUUCCGUCCGACUUUCGGUUCGGCGUUGGCAGCUCGGCGUACCAGAUCGAGGGUGGCUGGAAUGCGAGCGGCAAGGGCGAAUCCAUCUGGGACCGGAUGACGCACCAGCAUCCGGAAAAGAUUGCCGAUGGGAGCAACGGUGACAUUAGCUCGGACAGCUACAAUAAUUGGCGCCGAGAUGUGCAGAUGGUUCGCGAGCUCGGUGUGGAUGUGUAUCGGUUCUCGCUCUCCUGGCCACGCAUCAUGCCGACCGGGUUUCUGAACAGUGUCAGCAAGGCGGGCAUCACGUACUACAGCAACCUGAUCGACGAGCUGCUCAGGUACAACAUUACCCCGAUGGUGACGCUGUACCAUUGGGAUUUGCCGCAGCGCUUCCAGGAGCUGGGCGGCUGGACCAAUCCCGAGCUGAUCGGGUACUUCCACGACUACGCGAAGGUGGCGUUCGAGCAGUUUGGCGAUCGGGUCAAGAUCUGGACGACGAUCAACGAGCCGUGGCACGUGUGCGAGCACGGCUACGGCGUAGACUUUAUGGCGCCGGCCCUCGACUACCCGGGCAUUGCGGCGUACCUGUGCGGGCACAAUCUGCUGAAGGCGCACGCGGAAGCGGUGCACAUGUACCGGCGCAUCUUCCAGCCGAAGCAGCAGGGCAAGAUCGGUAUCACGCUGGACACGUCCUGGCCGGAACCGGCCACCAACAGCGAGGACGAUCGGGAGGCAUCCGAGCUGGCGGCCCAAUUCUAUCUCGGUUGGUUUGGACAUCCCAUCUUUGCGGAGGCGGGCAACUAUCCGCGCGUCAUGAUCGAUCGGAUUGCGGCGAUGAGCCGCCAGCAGGGCUACACCAAAUCGCGCCUGCCCACCUUCACCAAGGAGGAGAUCGACCGCAUCAAGGGUACGGCCGACUUCUUCGGCAUCAACUCGUACACGAGCGUGCUGGUGCGCAAGAACGAUCGCAACAACACGGCCAACUUUCCGGUGCCAUCCUUCAACCACGACAUGGGCGUCGUGGAGUCGGCCGAUCCGGACUGGCCGAAGAGCGGAUCCGUCUGGCUGCAUGUUGUGCCGUCCGGUAUGAACAAGCUGCUGAAGUGGAUUCGGCGCGAGUACAACAAUCCGACCGUGUACAUCACGGAGAACGGCGUGAGCGAUCUCGGUGGUACGAACGACGUGAAGCGAAUCGAUUACUUCAACUCCUACCUGCAGGCGGUGCUGGAUGCGCUCGAAGACGGCUGCAACAUACAGAUGUACAUUGCCUGGUCGCUGAUGGAUAGCUACGAGUGGAAGGCUGGCUUCACUGAAAAGUUCGGCCUGUAUCACGUCGACUUUACCAGCCCGAACCGGACGCGCACACCGAAAGCGUCCGCCAAGGUGUACGCCAACAUCGUCCGCACGCACGAGAUCGAUUGGAGCUUCCGGCCGACGCCGGAGGUGUUCAUUCUGCCCCCGUCCCCGUACCAGUCGGGCAGCAACCGGUUGAGCAUUACCGUCCCGUUGGUGUGCCUGCUGGUCGCCACGAUGGGUGCGCUAGUCAAAGCACUGUGCUGCUGAAACCCAGCCUGGCCCGGCCAAGCGCCCAGCUAUCGAGAUCUCCCGGAUUUACUGAAGCCGUGUACUUGUACUUGUUGUAAGAGAUUUAUUUAUGACCCACCUCCCUGCGUGUGCCGUGUGAGAUAGUUAGGCUAAGGUUUAAGAAAGAGAAAGAGAGAGAGAGAGAGAGCGAAAAAACUAUUUGAUAACGAAAAUGUGCCGAUGCCAAUAAAAAGACGUUAAAGUAUUAUA